CCAUGCAUUAAUGGUUCUGUAUAUUGCAAACCCAUUGUACAAGUAGAUGGUACAUGGCUUUACGGAAAGUAUAUUGGCACACUGUUGAUAGCUACCGCACAAGAUGGAGCUAACCAUAUCUUCCCGAUUGCCUAUGCCAUUGUAGAAGGGGAGACAACUUCAGCUUGGGGGUUUUUUCUAAAGAAUUUGAGAAGACAUGUUACUCCGCAAAUUAACAUUUCUCUUAUUUCAGACCAACACCCCUCAAUUAUAAGUGCCUACAGCAACCCAAGUAACUUAUGGGUCCAAGACACAUCCCAUUUCUUUUGCAUGCGCCACAUUGCACAAAACUUUCUUCGUGGUAACUCAAACUGCAAACAUUUAAAGAAACCACUUAUGUUGGCUGGGUACGCAUACACGGAGAAGAUGCACUGGCAACAUCUUGGGGAUAUUCGUGCGAAUAAGCCAAGUGCAGCUGAAUGGCUUGAUCAAUUACCCAAACAAAAAUGGGUACAAUGCUUUGAUGAGGGGAAACGUUGGGGACAUAUGACUACCAAUUUGUCGGAGUCUGAUAAUUCCAUGUUAAAAAACACAAGACAUUUGCCGGUGUCAUCGUUGGUUGAGGAGACCUAUUUCAAGACCGCACAACUCUUUGCUAAUAGAGGUCGACAAACUCAGGCAAUGAUCAACUCCGGCUCACAGUAUUCUGAAGUCGUCUUCGAUGCAAUCAAUAGUGGUCAACAAGAAUCUAAUACAUACAUUGUAAAUGAAUUUGACAGACACAAUCACACUUUUAUUAUAACAGAGACUCAAUCCCCACUUGAAACACCCAGACCACCUGGAAGGUUUAGAGUAAUGUUACAAUCCCAAAAGUGUGAUUGUGGUGAAUUUCAGGCUAAACAUUUACCGUGUUCUCACGUCAUGGCUGCCUGUAAAUCUGUCAAUGUUGAUCCCAUGACCUAUGUGCCGAUGAUAUUCACUUUACAACACAUUUUGUACAUCUACGACAACUCCUUUGGUUUAUUGCCACACGAAUCAAUGUGGCAAGAAUAUGAAGGAGAUCAGUGGGGUCCUGAUCCAAGGAGAAAGAGGACUGCAAAGGGUCGUCCUGUUUCAACUCGCAUUCUGAGAUGGACGAAGACAAAAAUGAACGAGCAAGUAGAAAAAAAUGUGGACUUUGCCGGCAACAUGGUCAUAGCAGAAAUAAUUAUCCUAAUGUAUCCUCGUCUUAGUUUUUCCUUAGACAAAUGUCAUUGUUUAAAUAUUUUAUUGAUGACGUAGUAUAAUGUUCUUAUAUAAAUAAAUUGUUAAAAGCUUUAGUUUUA